AAUAUACUGCAGCGGCAAACUGGGCUUGCCAGGCGUGACUGACAAUUCAUAUCAUGCAUAACUCGGUGAAGUUGCACACCCAAACAGGUGCUCUCCUUUUAAAGCAUAAAAAGUAGAAUUUUCCAAACACUUAUAGUUUUUUAUACUCUUUGUGUUGUUUUAUAGAUUUUAUUGAUACGAUUAACGUGAUAUCAGAAAGAAAACAAGGUGGUACUAUCUCUUUAUUGCAGAUGUAAUUUGCCUGUAACUGGCAGCGUGUACAGAAAGCACAGGGCAGAAUAUGGGUCUCUGGAUUUUCAACAUUGUGACUUUCUUCUGGAUUGCAACGAGGCUGUCUACAAGUUUGGAAUUUCCUGUAGAUCCAACAAGUGGCCCAACCAUCGCCCCUACCGAGUUCCUGGACAAGCUGCUGGGCCCAACAUCUGGUUAUGAUCACAGGAUCCGGCCCAACUUUGGAGGACCUACAGUAAACGUCAAUUGCAGCGUUUACAUCAAGAGCUUUGGAUCGAUUGAAGAAACCACCAUGGACUACCAGGUGACAAUCUUCCUGCGGCAGAAGUGGAUCGACCCUCGGCUGACUUACAGCCACUACCCUGAGCCCUACUUGGACCUCGACCAGUCCAACAUUCAGUACAUCUGGAGGCCUGAUCUCUUCUUUGACAAUGAGAAGAGUGCCUAUUUUCACGAGGUCACAACUGACAACAAGAUGUUGAGGAUAUUCAAAAAUGGCUUGGUGCUUUUUACUGUGAGGCUGACAUUGACACUUUCCUGUCCCAUGGAUCUGCGCAACUUCCCCAUGGACACACAGAUGUGCUACAUGUUCCUGGAGAGCUUUGGUUACACCAUGGCGGACCUGAGUUUCCACUGGGAUGAAGAGGAGCCCGUUAUCAUCUCCAAGGAACUUGUCCUACCACAGUUUGUGCUGAGUAGCAAGAUCGACACCGACUCCUGCGACAAGCUGUACAGCAGUGGUCACUUUUCAUGCAUUUCAGCAAGAUUCGUUUUGCAUCGUGAGAUGGGAUUCUACCUGAUCCAGCUCUAUGUGCCCAGUGCGCUCAUCGUCAUAAUUUCCUGGGUCUCCUUCUGGAUAAACAUGGAGGCAGCCCCAGCCCGUGUGGCGCUGGGGAUCACCACGGUCCUCACCAUGACCACACAGAGCACGGGGGCAAGAGCGUCACUGCCUAAGGUCUCCUACAUCAAAGCGGUGGAUAUUUGGAUGGCAACGUGCUUGCUGUUCGUCUUCGCCUCGCUGCUGGAGUACGCCGCAGUGAACGUGACAUCCAGGCAGAGCCAGGGGUUCAUGAAGAAGAACAUAAAGAGGAGCAUGCCCAUUGACCCGGAAAUAGAGGCCAGUACGCGUAAAAAGUUCAUUGCCCGUGCUCAGCAAAUAGAUACAUUUUCUCGUCUCUUCUUCCCACUCUCCUUCUUGGUCUUCAAUAUCCUUUACUGGGUCACCUUCAAGGUGAUGCUGAAGAAAUGACUCCAAGAGCCGCCACGAUCCACGUUCCCAUUGUCGCAGCAGAAGCGGCGGCGAAGGCAUCAGCCAAACAAUCUUUGGAAGAACGUAAUCAACCAGGGAGGCUUGCGGGGCAAGGAGGCUUGUGGCCAGGCAACGACAGCAGAAGAGAGGGCACACGCACACUUUGACACUACUCAAAUAACCAUGCACAGGACACGUCCCCUAAUUAAUUUUAAUGAUCAGACAGCUGUAGCCAUAAAAAAACGAGUGUACUCUCUAUCAGACAGAGUGAUGUGUUGGGCAGGCACUGGGUGGGAGUAGUGUAUAUGCAGUCGUAAUUUUUCAUGGGUAAAUACCAUAAAUCGUAUUCAAGAAAGCGGGCAUACGGAACAUAAAUAAUAAACUGGUUAAAAGUGCCUACAUACCCUGGACUACGACCCUACGUACAGAGCUUGUGGAAUGACGUUUAAAUGUACGCAAUAUACUGUAACUUUUUAUUUCUUCAAAAUAAACAACUGUUAAAUAAAA